UGGACACAACCAUGAAAGAUGCCGAUAUGCAUAUUCUGCACAACAGCGACACCAUAUCUGUACACAACAUACGAGUCCGAACAUAACCUCCGCCUGGAGGAAUGCCGCAAUUGCAAAGCUUUUGUAGACCCUUAUGUCGAAUUUGACGCUCUAACAUUGUUCAUCGACCUCAUUCUGCUGAAGAGAGGCGUGUUCCGUCAUUUGUUGUACAACCGCGGUUCAGAACCUAGGAGAUUGAAUGCUGGAGAACCCAAGAAGCCUCCGAAGAAGAGCGCGUGUCGAGAACGGGAGCUGAACCGAAAGGCACUGCUGCUGAAACUCGCUGGGGGUCUGGUCCUUUUGGAUUCAUACAUUCGCUGGUGCUAUUUAAACCCAAUCCCAGCCUCUGAACCAAUCAUCUGGACCGGCCCUCUCGUCACACAAUUCUUCCUCAUCUUCGCGGGAACGCUUAUCGAAUCACUCGCAUUCCAACUCUCCAUCCUGUUCCUCACAUUCCUAGUCCUCAAGCUGGUCGAUACCUAUCGGCUCUGGAGAUACAAGAAGGUCGCCCAUUCAGAUCCGAGACAGCAAUUCACGUUCUCGCUCAUACCGCUCUCACUAUCCUAUGCUUCUCUGACGAAGUACUUCCUGUUGUUCCUGUUGACGAUCUGGCCACCCUCUUCGGCAUAUCCAACGUCCACACAAGCAACCCUCUCACCGACUUGGCUUGAAGCAUUGUUUCCUAACAGCGUUUGGGUUAACAAGGUUUUACACCUGCUUGAUGACGACAAGUUGGACAAAGAGUGGCUGGUCAGGAAUGUCGUUGGGGGUAUGUCUGCAGGGUUCGGUCUUCGAGUCGUACUUGACGAUGUCCCUUCGCUUUUUACUACACUAAUCAUCCUUGUAGGAUGGGUCGUCAAGACUGUCGUUUCAAACGCAGUUGGACGUCGUAUAGGAGAUGCGACCCUUCGACGCGCCUGGAGAACGUACAGUAUACCCUAACGUUCACGCCCAACCCUGUACUUGUAACGUCUUUCGCCCGUGUAUAUACAUUAUGAUCCAGUACCU